AUGUAUAACUAGCGAGCAUCGUCUGGUUAGGAUUCAUAUAAAUCCUCAACAUUGACGAUAGGCUAGUCAUCAUCCUCAUAGUCUCAGCAGCAGCAAUAGCAAUAAGAAGUUCUCUGUAAUUUGAGCAAUUAGAACAAGAUUUCAGAUGAGAAUGCGCCGCAGUAUAUGAUCCCAAGCUCGAUCACUUCAAUGAGCAUGACAGAGUUGCAGAAGGAACUUGUAGAGACCAAGGACAAACUGAAAGUUAUUACUCAAAAGUUCGUGAAUGUACGCAAGGAAAGAGAUUAAUUCAAGCAAGAAAAUAAAGACUUAUAAGAAGAGGUGCUGCAACUGCAAUCAAGCAUCAGAUAAAUGGUUCCCUGUUUCUCCAAUACAUCCUCAGCAUUUCCAAUGCAAAACGAGAUGGCAAACAUCGUAUCAGAGUUCUACAAGUGUGAUUGCUAAGAUGUUUUCUUCGACCUAUUGUGCCCUGAACUAAAUUUAGAUGGAGUAAUAUAUUUCUUCCAAAACACGAUACCCGUAGUAAUUGAAGUCAUUGAAAAGCACUUUCAGCCAGUUGAGCAUGUCCUUAAAAAAGUGACUAAUAUGCAACAACUAGACGGUCCUAUUGUAAAUGUACUCAGGAAGACUUAUCAAUCAAAUUGGAGAACAAUUUAUUAGAGCUGUUUGCCCUAGACUGUGAAUGAGUAAAUUAUGUCAGCAGUUCAGAAGUCUCUAAGCAUCGGAGACGAAUAAAAACAUAUAAAUUAAGCGAUUACUGACUUUAUCAAGAAAAUUGGAGAGGUAGCCUUCUAAAUGCUAGUAAGUGAUCCACCUAUCGUGUUCGAUAUCAAGAGAAUUGGUGAAAAAGUGCAAUUUAAUUCUUUUAAGUACGAUUCUAUGGAUGGCUUUAUCAAGGGAAAUGAAGAGUGUUUAAUAAUACUUCCCUCUGUCCAUAAAUAUAACUAAGGAGGAGGACUUGGUGAGGUAGUCAUCAAAGCUAACGUCCUGCCUCUCAGCUAUGAAUUCCCUUGA